CCAGCAAUAUUAAUACUGACAGGAUGACUGACAGCCCAAAGAAAAAUGUACUGGUCAUUGGCGGCGGCGCAGUGGGUGCCAUUGCAGCCCUCAAUCUUGAGCAAGGCGGCCUCGCUGCUGUCACCGUCGUGCUACGGUCAAACUACCACGUCGUGAACGAGUUUGGGUAUGAUAUCGAGUCAUGUGACCAUGGUGUGCUAAAGGGAUGGAAGCCGACUCAUGUCCGCGCUGAAGUCCCUGACAUCACCAAAGAGUCCCUCAAACCCUACGACUAUAUUAUUUGCACGACCAAAAACAUCCCCGACAUCCCUCCUUCCCUCUCCUCCCUCCUUUCGCCAGCCCUGCCCUACGAAAAUACCACCGCCGUCCUCGUUCUCAUUCAAAACGGCCUCAACAUCGAAAAACCCCUUCAAGACGCCUUUCCCACCACGCCCAUCCUGUCAGGGGUCAGCCUUAUCGGCUCCGCCGAGAUACGCCCCGGAAAGAUUAUCCAAGAUGACCACGACCGCCUCCUCGUCGGCCCUUUCCAGAACCGCUCACUGGCUUCCGUCUUACAGAUCGAGGCGAGUCUGGAUUUCGUGAAGAUAUAUAAAGCGGGCGGAAAAACGAACUGUACCUAUUCGCCGGACGUAGAGCAUGACCGGUGGCGGAAGCUGGUGUAUAAUGCGUGCUUGAACCCCAUCUGUGCGAUCACGGGGCUCGAUACGGGGAGGAUCCGGUUGGCGGAUGGGGGCAUUGAGGGGCUGGUGAGACCGGCCAUGGAGGAGAUUGUAGCCGCAGCGAAGCAGAAGGGGGUGUUGUUGGCGCCGGAUGUGGUUGAUGUGAUGAUUGGAAUUGAUCCGCUGGAGAUUUAUUUGAGUCCGAGUAUGUUGGCUGAUGUGAGGAAGAACAAUUUUAUUGAGUUUGAGAAUUUACUCGGCGAACCGCUGCGCGAGGGAAAGGCGCUGGGUGUGCCGAUGCCGACGCUCGAGGUGCUGUACAACAUCUGCAAAACGAUACAAUGGCGAACGAAGGAAGCUAGGAACAUGGUGGAGAUCCCACCGAAAAAGAGCGUGGUGAAGAGUUGAAUGGCUUAGGAUGCGGUAAGUUGGCUGUAUAUGAAUCUUUAUCGCAACGAUAUCACUUUAUCUAUAGUAAUCAACUAUCGGAGGCCUACCUAUGACCGCGAACCUGCUAAUUAUACACGUCCGAUCUACAGUAGCUUAGAUUUGACACCAGGGACAAAGUAUAUGCAGACAGUCAGCGCUGUUCUGAUGGAUUCAACCAAAGCGCAAAGCCAGAGUUCUUGCGUCUAAUUCGCAGGAUUCUGAAAAUAGCUAAGGAGAUUGUGUUCGCCACAACGGUAUUGUCUACAUUGUCUUUCUUUGUGGUAAGCCUCAUGAAAGCCUUGGAGGCGUACAGGCUUUGUCCUUUUGUCCCGAUAGUCCCUAAUCUUGACCCAUAGCCAUUAAAUUUGCGUCAACCUUUGUUUCAUUAUGUAGUGAACAAAGCAUUUCCAUUUCAAG